AUUAAUGCCUUAAUUUACAAAAUGAAAUAUAUAAAUUAAGUUUCUAGAGAAAUAUUUCUCGUUCAAAACAGUCACUUUCGAAUGGUCGUUUGUUUUGAUAGGUUCACGUGGACUUGUGUACGGUCGAGGUGGCACCAUCUGCUUCACACAUUCACCUAUAUUUUCCCUAAAAUAGGCGAGAACUCAUAAUAUAUACAAAUUUAUUAGGUUAAGAGAACUCGUGUGCGUUUUCUAGUUUAGUACCAGCAGAGUACUUGUAGAAAUAUGAGCAAGGAGACUGAAGGUCAGUCAGAUGUGACAUGCGAGUCACUUGACCAGUCAGAACUGGUGGCCAUGAUUGAGCUUCAGUUGUCUGAGAUGGACAUGUUACAGUCCAUGUUCCCUGACCCAAGAGAGUUAGAGGUGGAUGACCCAUCAGUGUUGUGUGACCUGAGGGACUUUGCUGAGGGUCGCACAUUGCUUCUGCCUCCUCGUCUUGACCUCGUCAUCAAUCUGGAUGUUGAAAAGGGCCGUCUCAGCAUGAGUGUCAACCUCCCUCACCACUAUCCAGCCGUACAGCCAAGUGUAUUUGUGCGUUCACAGACACUGAAUCGUGAUGCCCAACAUCGCCUCAACCAGGAGCUCUUAGGGUAUCUGAAGACCCUGCAACAAGGUGAUCUGUGUGUAGGUCCUGCUGUUACAUGGUUACAAGAAAAAGGUGAGACAUUCUUUGAUGAUUGUCCUGAGGAGGUGUCUAAGUCUGAUGAUAAUUUAGUGGAAAUCAAGGACACUAAAUUUGCCCGACUCUGGAUUUACUCACAUCAUAUAUACAGUAAGGUGAAACGGAAAGACAUCUUGGAUUUGUCUAAAGAGUUUGAUUUAACUGGAUUCUGUUUACCUGGAAAACCUGGAAUAAUCUGUGUUGAAGGUUUGUCACGGAACACAGAAGACUGGUGGCAUAAGGUUAGAUCAUGGAACUGGCAGAAGAUUCUUUGUAAAAAACAUGAAGAUAUGGAAAUUACUGCAGAACAAGAUUUAUCCAAAUUACGUCGAUUUUCUACAUUUGAAGAGCUCGGCUCAGAAAACAACAUUCGCGUAAAGAGCAGUGGAUUUCACGUGGACAUGGGGGAUGUCUUUAGAUAUUUAGAGAAUCACGAGUCAGGUUAUGUUUUUAAGGAAUACUUUGGCAUAAAUGGCCGGCCUACGUGACAUGCCAUGUUCAUGAGUAACCCCCAAAAAGUUAAUUAUAUUCGUUCUUAUUACCAUAGGGUCAGUGUUAAUCAAAUGCUUUACAGUAUUCUGUACUUCCAUUUCCAGUGAUAUGAGGUGGAUCAGUUGAUUAAGGUUUUAUGGUUUUGGAGAGAUUAGUAUUUAGAUUUUAUUACACUGAAAUAGUGUAUAACAAAACACAGAUGUGAAUAUGUAAAAUGUAACCUAAUCACACAUAUCAUCAACUUAAACUUAACCCUCUUGUGGUCUUUUGAUGCAGAUUGAGUCACUAAGAGCUCCCGUACUGGCCUGACCCCUCCCGCUCAACUGUAUCUCACACUAAGAGCACCCCUCCCAUAAGCAGAAAUGCUGGAACAGUGGACUGGCCCUAUCAGCCUCUUAAGUUCCUCCCACUAGCCUCAUGGGCUGGCAAAUGCAUCUCUAUGGGUGCAAUUUGGGUCUGGAUCACUACCCAAUGUUUACUAAAAUGGAAAAACCAUUUGUAACUGACGCAACCUGUGUCGAAAAAUCGCGAGGGGUUGAGAUCUAUCAUGGCCAGGAGUACCAGAGGGAUAAAUUGAGUUUUACUAGUUGAACAGUUGCAUAAGCUUUACUUAAAACACUCCUUAUCUUUCAACUCAAAGACACUAAAUUAAGAUAUCUUCAAAUGUGCUCUUGCUUUACUCAUAUCUUUUUUAAUAUAGGUAGUCCCCGACUUACAACUGCUUGGACUUACGUCCAUCAGUACUUAAGACCUGCUCUGACUUUACGACCGUCUGGACAUACGACCGCCACAGUUGUGACCAAUUUUUUUUUUUUUUAAAUGACGAGCGCAUUUUCUAUACCGAAACUUUUCCAGUUAAUGUA